AAAAAAAUCCCUCCCCGGCGGCGGCGGCGGCGGCGGCAGCGGCAGCGGCCGGGCUGAGGUGCUGAGGCGGCAGCAGCGCGGGGCCGCCUGCUUCGUCCGCCGCCGCCUCGGCGCCCGCCGGCCGGCCGGCCAUGGCAGGAGCCGGAGGCGGCGGCUGCCCCGCGAGCGGCAACGACUUGCAGUGGUGCUUCUCGCAGGUGAAGGGGGCCAUCGACGAGGACGUGGCGGAAGCUGACAUCAUCUCAACUGUUGAAUUUAAUUACUCCGGAGAUCUUCUUGCAACAGGAGACAAGGGUGGCAGAGUUGUUAUUUUUCAGCGGGAACAAGAGAAUAAAAGCCGUCCUCAUUCUAGGGGAGAAUAUAAUGUUUACAGUACCUUUCAAAGUCAUGAACCAGAGUUUGACUAUUUGAAAAGUCUAGAAAUUGAGGAAAAGAUUAAUAAAAUUAGGUGGCUACCACAACAGAAUGCUGCUCAUUUUCUACUCUCUACGAAUGAUAAAACUAUUAAGUUAUGGAAAAUAAGUGAACGGGAUAAAAGAGCAGAAGGCUAUAACCUGAAAGACGAAGACGGACGACCUCGAGACCCGUUUAGGAUCACAGCGCUGCGGGUCCCAAUAUUGAAGCCCAUGGACCUCAUGGUAGAAGCAAGCCCACGACGAAUUUUUGCAAACGCUCACACAUACCAUAUCAAUUCUAUUUCUGUAAACAGUGAUCAUGAAACGUAUCUUUCUGCAGAUGACCUGAGGAUUAACCUGUGGCACUUAGCGGUCACAGACAGAAGCUUCAACAUUGUGGAUAUCAAGCCCGCGAACAUGGAGGAGCUGACGGAGGUAAUCACCGCAGCCGAGUUCCACCCGCACCAGUGCAACGUGCUUGUGUACAGCAGCAGCAAGGGCACCAUCCGCCUGUGCGACAUGCGCUCCUCCGCCCUGUGCGACCGGCACUCGAAGUUUUUUGAAGAACCUGAAGAUCCCAGCAGUCGGUCUUUCUUCUCAGAAAUUAUCUCCUCCAUCUCCGACGUGAAGUUCAGUCACAGCGGUCGGUACAUGAUGACCCGGGACUACCUGUCAGUGAAGGUCUGGGACCUCAACAUGGAGAGCCGGCCCGUCGAGAGCCACCAGGUCCACGAGUACCUUCGGAGCAAGCUCUGCUCUCUGUACGAAAACGACUGCAUCUUCGACAAGUUCGAGUGCUGCUGGAACGGCACGGACAGUGCGAUCAUGACGGGGUCCUACAACAACUUCUUCAGAAUGUUUGACAGAAACACACGGAGGGACGUGACGCUGGAAGCUUCCAGAGAGAACAGCAAGCCUCGUGCCAGUCUGAAGCCGCGGAGAGUAUGUCCAGGUGGGAAGCGGAAGAAGGACGAGAUCAGCGUGGACAGUCUGGACUUCAACAAGAAGAUUCUACACACGGCUUGGCACCCUGCCGACAACAUCAUCGCUGUGGCGGCCACCAACAACCUGUACAUAUUUCAGGACAAGGUCAACUAGGCAGCGCGAGGCGGCGUCUCGUCUUGCAUGGACGACUAAGCCGGCCGCUCCUGUCGGGGGAGGGGUGCCCUCCCUGUCCGGGAGCGCAGGGGCGCGCCGUUCCCGCCCGGACAGGAGCCCACACGCACACGGCCGGGGGACCACGGGAGUCGCUGCACGUGCGACGUGCCUGCUCGGGGCAGACUGAUGGACAGAGCUCAGUAAAGGCCAUUACUCACAAUAAAUGUAUUUAUUUAAACCUGAGCCGUCCUUUCCCGUUUAUAGACCAAAAAAUGAACACCCAGCGGGACACUUGAUCCCUGUCUCUCGUCCCUCUGCUGGCUGACUGGGCUCUCAGGGGCAACUGUGCCGACCUCCCGGGGCCACCGCCAAGCAGGCUCGGGCAGCCGGA